CUCCUCCAGGCCCUAUUCUCUGUUUCAGCACCUUCCGCUGAUGUUCCCUUGGUCAGCACCAGUCUCGGUACAACAAGUUCCUCUUGAGCCGCCUCCCCUCUCGGUUCCUUCGUUCGCUGGCCCCACCUUUUUUUGGGUCGCCGGGAAUUUCUUCUAUCCGGACACCAGCAGGCAGCCCCUCAAAUUCUCCCUUGGCUGAACUUGCUCAGACCAUCUCACAUGUGGCGACCAAUGUCACCAACAUCGUGACUACUAAGCUUCUAGCGGUGGAAGAUUAUACUACGUGGCGGACUCAAUUUGAGUCGUUCCUUGUGUCGCAGGGUCUCCUUGGCAUGGUUGAUGGCUCAAUUCAGGUACCUCCUGCUUAUUCCAUAGAUGUUCUUAACCGUCAAUUUUCCAAUCCCGAAUUUUCUACUUGGCUGCGCAUUGACCAAACCAUCCAUUCAUGGUUAUUUGCCACUCUUUCUCGUGAUCUUCUUAUUGAUGUUCGGGAUUUAAAACAUUCUUGUGAAAUUUGGGAACGGUUAGAAUCUCGAUUUAUGUUAGCCAAUUUGGCCAGAUCUAUGGAAUUAAAGCGAUUAUUUCCUCAAAUAAAAAAGAAACCCGAUCAAUCUAUAGAUGAUUAUUUAAGGGAGAUUAAAAUUUUGGUUGAUGAUCUUGCUAUUAUUAAUUGCCAUGUUCCCCCAUCGCGAAGUGCUCAAGUCUACUAUUAUGGGUUUGAGUUUCGAGUAUGAAUCUAUGUUCACCACUGUCUUGUUAUUCCCUGACAAUUUCCCGUUUGAGAAACUUCGCAAUCAUCUUCUUGAACAAGAGUAGCGGGUUCUUUAUCUCCGCUCCCAAGGCAUUUCAUCCAUUCAUCAGGCUUUUGGUGCCACUGCUUCUUUUCCCGGGCAAUCUGCUAGCCACCAGUCGGGCCAACCGAUGCAGGGCCCGCAUUCACCGGGCGGACAACAGCAACGCCCUUCAGGUCAGCCGCAACGCGGCCGUGGAUGUGGUCGCGGCAGGGGACGCGGUGGCCGGGGCAGAGGCCGAGGACAGCAGGUGCAACCUGUGUUUUGGUACCCGCAGCAGAGUCAGGCAGGUUACACCGCGGCAGGGGGUGGUUCCUCUGUUCCAGCUGGGUAUGCUCCACAUCCAGGGGGUGUACCAACUACGGGUACUAUCAUUUGUAAUUCUGUCACGUCACAUUUAAAUAUUAAUGCAUUACAUGUUGGUGUUACUAACUCUAGUUCUGCAUGCUUACCAUCAGAUAUGAGUAUUCUUGGUUCUGUUCCCCAUCCUGUUGUGUGUCAAAUUUGCUUUUCUGCAGGCCAUUCUGCUGUUACCUGUCCCUCACGCUUUACUCAGCCUUCUGCUCCUGUUCUGUUGACUACUCCGGGGGAAUCUAAUCCGGCUAUAUGGUAUCCUGAUUCUGGAGUUUCUGCCCACAUGACUGCAUCUGAAGGGAACACGAGAUCAUGGACUUUGGCUUCAGCAGUCUAAUCGGCCAACCUGUAUAGUUGCUUACUCCGAUGCAGAUUGGGCAGGUUGUCCUGAUAGUUCUCGGUCUACCACAUGUUUUGCUGUAUUUUUGGACCCUAAUUUGGUUUCCUGGAAGGCUAAGAAGCAGCCCACUGUGUCCAAGUCCUCCACAGAAGUGAUCGAUUUGAUGAAUAAUUGAAUGAAACAAAGAGUUGCAGCAGCGCCAUUAAGAAGUUGCAGCACUGUUGAUGAAUUGCUAGUUUGUGAUUUAGUAUUGUUUUACCCAUUUUGUUAGUGAUUCGUACAUAUAUUUUGGAAUAAAGUAUUGUUUAUUGAAAUAAUUACAUAAAUAUGAUCAAACUAAAGAUGAUUUACAAAAAUAUGACUAGUGACUAGAGUAGUAAUGAAAUCAUUGUAAUUGAUGUUCAAAUUUUGAGCUUAAGUUAUC